UAUUUGGAGUUGGCUCUUUCCGCAAUGGACGAGCUCGUGAAAAUGGCGCAGACAAGCGAACCGCUUUGGAUACCAAGCUCAAAAGGCAAAGGCGAAAUGCUUAACCGUGAAGAAUACGAGAAAAUUUUCACACCUUGCCUUGGUCCUAAACCGGACGGGUUUGUCUCGGAAGCUUCUAAAGAAGUUGGAAUGGUUAGCAUCAAUAGCUUAGCCCUAGUCGAAACCUUAAUGGACUCGGAACGAUGGGCCGAGAUGUUUCCGUGUAUGAUCGCAAGAAAUUGGACUAGUGAAAUAAUCUCUAGUGGUAUGGGAGGGACAAGAAACGGUGCUCUUUAUUUGAUGCAAGCAGAGCUUCAAUUGCUAUCACCGCUUGUGCCAGUUCGUCAAGUGACGUUCUUGAGGUUUUGUAAGCAACAUGCAGAAGGUGUUUGGGCGGUUGUGGAUGUCUCUGUUGAUAGGAUUAGCGACCGAGGCGGCUCGGCCUCUGCUCAGACGUCUCUGAACUGUAGAAGGCUACCAUCUGGUUGCCUUGUGCAAGACAUGCCAAAUGGUUACUCUAAGGUAACAUGGAUUGACCACACCGAGUACGAUGACACCCAUAUACACCACUUGUAUCGUCCAUUAGUCAGCUCAGGUCUCGCCUUCGGAUCCAAACGGUGGAUAUCAGCUUUGCAACGACAAUGCGAAAGCCUCACCAUCCUCAUGUCCUCAGCAAUCCCCAACCGCGACAAACCCACACCCAUAAGCUCUAUAGGAAAGAAAAGCAUGUUGAAGCUAGCACAAAGAAUGACUCAAAAGUUCUGUAGAGGCGUAUGCGCUUCUUCUUCCCAAAAAUGGAGUAAACUUGAGAUUGGUAACAUCGAUGAAGACGUGAGGAU